AAAACAAAAACACAAGACAAAUAUACUCUCCAACAAUCAAAAAAAAAACACAAUCAUCGAAUAUAUAUAUCCAUUCAUUUCUCCUACCUUAACCUAGCUUACAAGUUCUCUAAACAUGUUAUAUUCAAGAAUGCUACAACAUUUUCUACUAGUACUGGCCUGCCUUUUAAUGGCAGCCUCAGCUGGUAACUUCAAUCAAGAUGUCGCAUGCACUUACGGUGGUAGAAGAUGUCAGAUAUUGAGAGGAGGGAGCCUCCUCACCCUCUCUCUGGACCAGGUUUCCGGUUCCGGUUUCAAUUCCAAGAAUCAAUAUAUGUUUGGAAGAUUUGACAUGCAGAUGAAACUCGUGCCCAAUAAUUCAGCUGGCACAGUCACCACAUUCUACUUAACUUCAUUCGGGCCGUCUCACAAUGAGAUUGACAUCGAGUUUCUAGGAAACCAAUCUGGCCAGCCAUACACACUUCACACCAACAUCUAUUGCCAAGGACAAGGAAAUAGAGAACAACAAUUCAAGCUCUGGUUUGAUCCCACUAAAAACUUCCACACUUACUCCAUCGUUUGGAAUCCACAAAGAAUCAUGAUAUUGGUUGAUAACAGUCCACUGAGAGUAUACGAGAACAAUCUGGCAAAGGAAAUUCCUUACCCAAAUGAUCAGCCGAUGAGCGUAUUCGCGAGCUUAUGGGAUGCAGAGGAUUGGGCAACACAAGGUGGAAGAGUUAAGACCGAUUGGACCCAGGCACCAUUUUAUGCAUCUUACAGAAACUUCAAUACUAAUAAUGCAUGCGUUUGGUCAUCAUCCACAAACUCUUCAUCUUGCAAUGGUGCCAAUUCCACUCAGCAAGCUUGGCAGACUCAAGGGCUCGAUGCUAAUGGUAGAAAACGUCUCAAAUACUUGCAAUCCAAGUCCAUGAUCUAUAACUACUGCACUGAUUCCGCUAGGUUUCCGCAGGGCUUUCCACCAGAAUGCAAGCUUUGAAAUUAAGGGUUUCUUUUUGAGACCCGCGUCCCGCGCGACAGUUGCGACAUUAUACUAUUCCUUUUCAACACAUUCAUAUUCAGUUGUUUGUUAAGAAUUUAUUCCCGAAUUACUUUCAUCAUGAAAGAAAGGGUUCUUUGGGAUAUUUGUGACGAUUCAAAACCCUCGAUCCCGGUUGCAAAUGUUUCUAUAUUGUUGUUGUGAACUUGAGAAAGAAAACACCCACCGUGAAAAGAAAGGGUGGUCAUGUUUUGGUAAAUUCUUUUUUAACAAUCAUUUACGAGAUGUACUGCCUCAUCUUUUAAAUUGUAAUCCUAUACUUCAGUUUUCUGCA